AUGGAGCCCCUUUCGCCCUUUGGUCCGGAUGCACUUCACUGGUUCGGACAGGAUGUCAGUUUUGGACACAGUUCUAGAGUUCGCCCUCUAGUUGCUUCUGGGCGUGUGAAGAGAUAUCUAUGCCUCUGCCUCUGCUAUCCAUUUACCAAGCCCGUCUCCUGCUCGGGAGGGGAGUCUGACCCAAAUCUGAUGGAGAUAACAGAAGUCCAGAAAUCAGACAAGGAGUACCACCGAACAUUUUUACCCUUCUACCGCUUCUUCCCUGUGAAUUCCUUGAUCAAGGAUUACGGCUUCUUUCAGCGUGGUCUUUUCCACCGGACCAUUUCCUUCUGGGUCUGCUAUAAGAAAAACGAUGCCUGCAAAAAUCAGAGGGUUACUCCAGUUCAGACAGCAGCCCAACUGCAGAAUCCAGAACACAAGUCUCCUCUCAGCUCUCUCUGGCAUGGGUCUCUGCCCAAGCCCCAGCCUUGGGAGUUCCAGGAAGAUGCAGUGGUGAAGUACAAAGAAACAGCCUCUCUGAGAUUUGGUGACCAGACAUUGGAAUAUAGCAAUGUGAAGAAAAGAAGGAGAGAAAUGGGUCCCUGGGAUCCAGAAGGAUCUGAAGUGAGAAUUGAAGCCCAUAGGGAGAGCAAAGAGGAAGACCUCAAUGCGGAAGAAGGAGGUGGCAAAGAGCACUUUUCCCCUGAGCCCUGACUCACUGUGUGGGAGGGGUGGCUUGAAACUUCAGACUCACGGGGACUACUGGUGACCCCAAAGGCCUCCACAGAAUAAAGCACCGUUGGGAUGGCGCAGUGGACUGCAGUACUUAGUGACUUACUUGGGUUCAGAUGUCCCUCUGGACAGUGCAGUUGGCUGGUAGCCAUCUCGGAGAGAGGCCAACUGAGGUCAGAACAAGGAGCAACUCCGUCUAGCAUCUCCCAGUCUCAGGGU